AUGGAGGGAAUUCAGAAUCCUAUAGCUCGCACUGUCGAAGAGGUGUUUAGCGACUUCAGGGGUCGAAGAGCUGGUCUCAUCAAGGCUCUCUCUACAGAUGUACAGAAGUUUUACCAUCAGUGUGACCCUGAGAAGGAGAACUUGUGCCUCUAUGGACUUCCAAAUGAGACAUGGGAGGUUAAUCUUCCAGUCGAGGAGGUCCCUCCGGAGCUUCCUGAACCGGCUUUAGGCAUCAACUUUGCAAGGGACGGGAUGGUUGAGAAAGACUGGAUCUCUUUGGUUGCAGUUCACAGUGAUUCAUGGCUCAUCUCUGUCGCAUUCUACUUUGGUGCACGUUUCGGGUUUGGUAAAAACGAGAGGAAGAGGCUGUUCCAGAUGAUAAAUGACCUCCCAACCUUAUUUUCAAAAUGCCUAUGUCUAAAUUAUUUAUUUGUGGUAAAAUGUGAGACUAAUUUUUGA